GACUCAUAUUUUUUCUUGCUCUGCGCAGGUCCAAAAUGGCGACCAUCUCUAAAGUCACAGCCAGAGAUAUGUGAACCUUGUUUAAUAUUCUGAUAAAUGAUGGAAACUGUUUACUAUUUCAGCACCUUCGGAUAAUGGAUUUAGCGGAAAUCUAAGAUUUUUUUGGGGAAAUUACCAGUCUUCAGGGCUUUUUAUCAUAAUUCUGUCAAACUUAAUCAAAUUAUCUUCAGCAAUCCCAACUAAAACAGGAGACAAACAGGCGUGAAGCGACGAAGAGUCAAAACAAAACUUAUCAUCGUAAAACUAAAACGUCAAGAGACCACACCGCGCUGUUUGAGAAGCAAUAAUAAGUGUAAUAAAAGUGAGGACAUAAACAUCAAGUUACUUUUAACAUUAAACUCGAUAUGUUCCUCAUAUAUGAUGGUUUGCCACAGGCCCAGUUAUAAUAUAGGCCUACUUCUUAUUAAAGUUUACCUAAGUUUUUAGGCUUACACUCCACAACUUCCUCUACCCUAACUCUAUCCAAUUCAAAAUGAGUUCACAUAAUCACACUUCAGUAAUCAGUUUCCAUAACAAAUUUCCAUUAAAAGGCAUGACAUUCAAAAUUGGGUGACUUGACACUUGCCUUCAUUAUUGGCACUUUUUGAACUUCAUACUUCAUCAGUAUCAGAAUAACUAAUAUUCAUUAUCAUUCAAUGAAUUCAAUCAUUAGCUUUACUUAAAAAGGCUGAGCCUAAGGAUAAACUAAAUACUAAAUGAUGUCACUGUCAUCAUGCUAUUUUGGCCAAUUAUUACCUUUAACAGCCCACCCAUAGUUGGAAAUUUGUAGCACAAAUUAUACACUUUUAUCAUCAUAAUCAUACAUCAUCACAAAUCGGUGACCCCGCCCCCCUUAGACAAGUGACACCAUUUAUGGAUGGUUCCUAUAAUAAGCCUAGCUCUAAUGCCUUAUCCAAUGAAUUAACUUAGUAAUAUACUAAUAGUUAAAGCCAUAUGCUAUCCAGGCAUUCUAGGUUAAUCUCUCAUUUUACUAAAAAGUUAAGGUCCUAAGUUCAAUACAAAAUAAAUAAGCCUAGGAAGCCUAGGUCUAUCAUAUUUAUUUAAAUUUGUAAUUAUUGCUAUAUUUAUUAAAAGUAUGAAAUAAUUAACCUAUUCCAUUUUACAGUUGCGAGUAGAACAAAAAAAAUUUAAGUUUGAGCCAUGUUUGUCAAUUGUGAUUUAUACUGAAUUAUACUGAGAUCCCUUCCAUAUUUAUUAGGUUUUCUACUUAAAUAUGGAGAUCUUCUGACACUUAUGUUUUUCAAUUCUUCUGUAAUUCUGUUUUUUUUGGUCUUGUCUGCUGUUGAAGAAAUCAUCUAGCCAAAUGUUCUUUUGUCUUUUCAUUUCAAGCGUAAGCAUAUCUUUGUACACUAUUCUUUUCCUUCAAGUAUAAAAAAAUGUUGUUUGUUUCAGUGAAGAGCAGAGUCCCAGCAAACAAUCAUUAUUAUUAUUAUCAUAGCCCUAAUUUUAUGUCAAAUUUUAUAUACUAAUGAGAUUCAAUGAGAUCAGAUCCUUUGUUAGACAAAAAAAAAAUGAUUUUCUUCUUGUCAUUGUCAGUUCAAAUAUAAAAAAUUAAACUCUGGCAAAAUGUUGUAGUUCUAUUAUUAAUUGAGAAUGCCAUGUUAUGUUGAAAAUUCUUUCCUCUUGUUUACAGGGGCAAAAGAACAAUCUAAAAAUGUCUUUCUUGAGUGGCUUCAAGAAGCUAUUUAGGUUUGGUGCAGAUGAUGGCAAUGACAAGAAAAAAGGACAGUGGAAUGUAAAUAUAAAAAAAGAUGUGGAUCCAAAUCAGUUCUGGGAAAUUACUGGAGAAAUAGGAGAAGGAGCCUUUGGUGCAGUUUAUAAGGUUAGUAAAGAUUGCACUGUUUUGAACAAUUACUAAAAUAUUAAGGGAAAAAAAAUAAUUGUGAAGUAAGUUUUUGACUACAAAUUGCAUCAAUAAUCAGUUUUAAUUUUUAUUUUCCAGGCACGAAACAAAGAGACAAAUGAGUUUGCUGCGUUGAAGCAAGUUGAGAUUAAAAAUGAGGAAGACUUAGAGGACUUCUCCGUAGAAAUUAAUAUAUUGGCUGAAUGCGCACAUAAAAAUAUCGUUGGCCUCCAUGAGGCUUUUUUCUUUGAAAACAAAUUAUGGGUAAGUAAACAAGAACAUAAAGGUUUUACAUUUUAAAAAAGUAUGUCGCCAGAAGUUUAUUUUCCUAAAUUCAGUUAAGGGAAAGAAGUCUUGUUGCAAGCUAUUUAGAUUGGCAGAGGUGUUGAAAUGAGAAAAUGUAUUGUAAUUGUAGUAAAAAUGGCAUUUAUUAGUAUAAAAUGGAAAUAAAUAAUACUUUUAAAUAUAUAUCUUGCAAACAGGCACAUAUCCAAGAUUUAUUUUUCAGGCUUCCUGUAAGACAGUGAGGAAGUAGUGUUGGCUUAUUGGAAAAAAAAAUUUUAAUACUCAUUUAUAAACUGGCAAAUCCAAAAUAACAAUAUGUAAAUGUCUUUAUUUUUGACAUUUAAAAUAUGCCUUUUGAAAAGCUUGUUUGAGUAUUUUAAUGGAUCAUGUGUACUGUAUGCUUAAUACUUAUAUUAAUUAAAACAAUAGUUAGGUUUAAUUUGAUAUCAAACAAAUGGUACAAAAAUAUUGACAAUAGCAAAUGGUGAAGGGUGCAAAUAUUGUGGUAGAAAGGGGCAGGUGGCUGUAUGCUUUUUAUUUUUCUUCUUCUUUGCCAUUCUCAACUCCCAGUGGAGCAAAGGCCACUUACAAUAUCCUUCUACAUCUUCUGGUCUCUUGACAUCUUCUCUAAAUCUUUCCAAUCUUAAGUAUAUUCUUUUCUACCUCUUUGUUAUCCAUUUUUCCUUCUGUUUGGAAUUUCUUCCUUAACUGGGAUUUUUAGGUGAGGGAUGCGAAAUAUUUUCAAAGAAAUACUCUUUGAGGAAAACUUACUUAGGAAGCACAUCUUUUUUCAUAUUAUUUCUCAGAUGUUUAUUGAGUAUUGUGGUGGAGGAGCAGUAGACUCUAUCAUGGUGGACCUGGAGAAGCCCCUUACAGAGCAAAUGAUUCGCUAUGUUGCUCAUGAAAUGUGUGUAGCCCUGGCCUUUCUGCAUGAACGUAGAGUUAUACACAGGGACAUUAAAGCAGGAAAUGUUCUACUUACACAAGAAGGAGAAGUCAAACUGGGUUGGUGGAUUAUAAAUGACUUUACACAUAUAUGAUUGUUUGCCAAAUCUUUGAGUUUUGUUUUCAUGGUUUCCUAACUUAAACACUUUCUUCCUUAAUUGAUAAUAUUAGAAUGAAAGAAACAGUUAAAAUUUUAAAAAGUUAGAAUAAUUUAUUUAUAUUUCAUGUUUUAUUUUGAAAAAAACAGUUAAAAUUUAAAAAUUUAGAAUAAUUUAUUUGUAUUUCAUGUAUUAUUUUGAAAAAAAAAGUUAAAAUUUUAAAAGUUAGAAUAAUUGAUUUGGUUCCGUGAAAUAAGCGCACACGACAAACGCGCACAGAAAAUUCCGCAAAGACAUAGUUGUUCACAGGAAAACUGCGCACACCGACAGUUGCGCACUCAGAAAAUUGUGUACACCGACUAAAGGUUGUUGUUGGUCUUCAACGUAAAAGACAAGUCGGCAAUUAUAAGUGGCUAUGAUUAUAAAUACACAUUUUAAAGAAGAAAUACUGAUUUUUAAAACUAUACUCAAAGACUAUACACAAAUAUAAUAAUAAUAUUAGUAAUUAUAUACGUAACAACAGAUUUAUGGCACCAAAAGUUACAUUUCUUUGUGGCAAAGAAGAAUUAUUUCUAUUAAUAUUUAAUUGACAGCAAUGCUCCAUUAAAAAUAUUUAAAGAUAAUUUGAUGACAGUGAUGAAGACAACUGUAUGCAUCAUAGGCAUAAGUCGUAAGACUUAAUAAGUUGAAUAAGAGUCAAGAUUGUGAUUACUGUAUGGAAAGUAUUACGUUUACUUUUAAAUUAUAGUCGCAUUAAGCAAAAUGACGCCUGUAACUGUAGGCGUAAGCAGUGUUAUAUUUUCAAUUCAAUAGACUUGACAAUUAGUAGGCUUACGUAGGCCUACAACGUCGUAAUGAAGUAUUAUAAUUAUAGUUUAAAAUAUUAAUUAUAGUUUAAAUAAUCUUCCUACUACGCCUAGUACCUAAACAUAAUGGAGUUGUAGGCUAUCUUAUAUUUUUAAAUAAUAUAGUUUAAAAUAAUCUUCCUACCCUAAGUCUUAGUCGAGGCCUAAUUAUGCUUUAAUAUUCAUUAUAAUUAUAGUUUAAAAUACGGUAAUGGUCCACCUACUAGUAACCUACCUAAGCCUAAUUGAGUUUCAUUAUAGUAGUUAAAAAUAACUUCCUUAAGUUAUACUAGUUAUAGCCUAUAGAAUGCUCUAUACUCAUACAGAUAAUCCAAAUAUCAUAUACUUGCUAUAUUAAUAAGUUAAAAAAAAGAAUAAUAUUAGCAGAUUACGUUUUACUGUAGUAAACUCAGGAAAGCAAUCAUAAAAUUACCCAAGCAGAAUUAAGGAUAUUUCUACUAUAAUUUAUUUUGUAAUUGUAAGAACUGAACUGUUUUCCUUAGUUUUUUUUUCUCUCAGUGAAAUAUAUUUAGUCCUACUAUUUAUUAGCCUAUUUAUUGUUAUAUUAUUGUAAAUUUGUUGGUUAAUGUCUCAGUGAUUAACUAAUGUAGUUUUUUUUUUACAAAGUCUUUUGACAUAAUUCAUGCUUAUGAAUAGUAUGAUAAUGAUUGUGAGUGUAAAUAAUGGAAGGUCAUUUCCACCAAGCAGAGUUAAGACAGACAGUUUCCUGUUCUUAAAACAAGAGAGGAUUUAAGGAAAUUUUGAAUCCCAAUGGAUUUGAUUUAUUGAAUAUAUUUUUAUUACACAAAUGAAUAAAUGCAGGAUAACUUUUAGUUUUCUACAAAGGGUAUGCACUAAUUAUAAUGCUAUAUGAUUGUGGUCUUGAUAAUGGUAGGUACUAAUGAUUUAUGAUUGUGGUCUUGAAAAUGGUAGGAAGGCCCUACUAAUGUUAUAUGAUUGUGGACUUGAAAAUGGUAGGCACUAAUGUUAUAAAACUGUGGUCUUGAAAAUCAAUUUGUAAUGGAAAAAACUAGUUAGCAUUAUUUUCCUCAAUAUUUUCAAUAAAUGACCAUGGCAUCAUCUACAGAAGGUUUCAGACCUCUGGCUUGGUUAAAUGUUUUCUUUUAUUUAAAGAAAAAUUGUUUUUGUUUUGUCUACUAAAUUUUAAUCCAGCACAAAGUACUUAAUAUGAAUUUUUUGUGAUAAUUGUUGAAAUGUUUUUCUUUGAAAUUAAAAAAAAAACUAUAAUUAUUUACAAUAGUUUAAUAUUUUUAAUUUUUGAGGGUAGCAUUUUAUUCAAAAUCUUGUCUAAAUUACUGUAACUUUUUAAAACAAAGUUUACAGCAUUAUUCAUUUGAAAUUUUAAUGUGCUGCAGUCUUGUAUUCUGGUAUGUGCUAGAAAGAUAUCACUUUAAUUGCAUCUGAAUAUCAUAAUAUUCACAUGCAAUUUGUCUUUUUAAAUUGACAUGUUUAAUUAUUUUAAAAUAAAUCACUUUAAAUUUAUUAAAUAUUUAGAAACAAAUGUAAAUUAAGGAGCAUUCAAUUAAUUUUAAAAUGAUAUACAAUAAUUUUAGGGGGCUACAAUUACUACAAAAUCAAAAGCCAUGACACAUUGAUAAAUAUUACUUUGUGAGAGAUCUUAAGAUGUUUGAAAGAAAUAACAUGCUUUGUUAUGGUUGCAGCAAUAUUUUUUUUUUAUAAAUAGGAUUUAGUUUAUUUUAUUAUUAUUAUUAUUAUUAUCAUACAAAGUUAACUCCAAGUAGUUUUGCAUAAUAAAAUUAAAUCUAGAAACACAAUUUUAAACACAACAAUUAUUGUUCCUAUUAUACUAUUAUUGUUAAUUUUAUUGUUUCAAAAAAUUUAACAUAAGAAUAAUUUACAUUAAUUAAUGAUUAAUUUUUAUGGUAAAUUAGCCUGUUAGCACUAUAAUUACGCAGUUAAAAAAAUGUUUCGCUAUUUAAGUUUUUUUCGUUUAAAUUAUUUUUAAAUUCAAUUUUUAUCAUACUGUCUCACUGAUUUGUAGACUUGUAUUCUUCCCAACUUGCCUUUUGUGCUGAUAGGCAACUGAACUGAACCAUGUUAAAUCUAAAAAUGUGGCUUAAAAUAAAAUGUCAAUGAAAUUUGCGCAUUUGUGUGUAUUUGCUAUUGUCAACAUUCGCAAUUGUCAGCGUGCAGAUUUUUCUGUGUCUGCAUUUGUCGGUGUGCGCUUUUUUCUGUGUGCGCAACUGUCGGUGUGCGGAGUUUUCCUGUGUGCAACUAUGUAUUUGCGGAUUUUUCUAUGCGAGUUUAUCGUGUGCGCGUUUGUCUUGUGCGCAUAUUUCUGGUCACCAAUUUAUUUAUAUUUCAUGUAUUAUUUUGAUAGCAAAUUUUUAGCCUCAGAAUUAGCCCUAUUGGAGAAAUAUGGAAACUUAUUUUUUUACUAAAAUUAUUAGCGAUUUUAUUUUGUUUUCACUUUAAUUCUUUCAGCUGAUUUUGGUGUAUCAGCAAAAAACACAAAGACUGCACAACGCAGGGACACUUUCAUUGGAACUCCUUACUGGUAAGCUGAAACUUAACCACUGCUCAUCAUUAGAAUUAUUAACGUUCUUACAGACAUUAUUUCUAUACUUUUCUCUCAUAUUUUAUAUUUAAAAGAGUUAGUAGAACGAACGACUACCUUAAAAAUCUGUGCUGCAAAUGUCUUGCAGAUAUGUAUUUAAAUGUUGGUGGAACGUCAAGAGGAGUGUUGUGGACCAAAUUUUAUUGACCUGAUGUUGCAAGAAGAUAGCCAUAGCUCUAUUUUUGUGAAUGAAUAUCACAAUUCUUGUGCUCUGAGAAGCUUUAUCAUGAUGUUGAUAGGUUAUAACAUGAUGAAGUCCCUGAUCACUAAAACAUGAUGAAGUCCCUGAUCACUUACUUAUAACAUGAUGAAGUCCCUGAUCACUGGAGACUUGUUUUUUAUUUUAUCAUAUAGUAAUUAGAAGAAGCUGAGGUCAUUUUAGGAGAGAUGGUUUUGGAUCAAUUUUAUAUUUACCUUUUAGGAUGGCCCCAGAAGUUAUAUUAUGUGAAACCCUUAAGGAUGUACCAUAUGAUUACAAAGCAGACAUUUGGUCCUUAGGUAAGUGUUUUAUUACUCAGUGGAAUUAUUUAAAGGAAAAAUGCAAUACUUUACAAUUUUAAUUACUGUUGGAGCUAUUGGAGAAAUUUUUGUUAGCAAAGUAUUUUUUAAGGUUAAACUAAUUAUUUUCUCCAGGUAUAACAUUGAUAGAGUUUGCCCAGAUUGAACCUCCAAACAAAGAAAUGCAUCCGAUGAGAGUCUUGAUCAAAAUUCAAAAGGCUGAUCCACCCGGAUUUGACAAACCCUCUAAAUGGUGAGGAGUCUUUAUAUUAAUUGAUAAAUAAUAGAUGUUCUUUGUCAAGUGAAUGUUUUAUUGAUAUAACAUUUUUACAGCAUUUCCAAUUCAUUUAAACUUUCAUUUAAAUAAAUCUGAAUUUUGUGAGAGAAAUUUUAUUUUUUUAAAUUUUUUGUUAGAAUUUUUUUUAUCUUGCUUAAAAUAAGUUUGUUUUCACCUUUAACUUGUGUUGAAACUUCUUCAUUUUUGCAGGUCAAAGGAUUUUAAGGACUUUGUUAGCAAAUGUUUGAUAAAGAAUCCAGAACAAAGAGCAACAGCACAGGAGCUCUUAGAAGUAUACAGAUGAAAUAUUUUUUUCUAAUUAAUUAUUAAAGCUUAAAAUAACAAAUUUCUAUUGAAAAAUUAUGAGAGGUAUUGUAAAAUUAAAAAAAUAGUUUUUCCAGUUUUUGUUGCUACAUACAUUAACUAAAACUUAUUAACUGAAUUUAUUUGCCUGGGCUAGAUGGCUUUAAAAGCAUACAAUUUUACAUUAACUUUAUUUAGUUGCUUGGGCAGGUGGGCCAUUAAAAAAAUAUAAUUUGUAUCACUGGUCAAAACCUUUAGAUUUUAACAUUUAAACCCUUAGCAAGCACACCACUACAGAAAUGCAAUAAUUUAUUCUUAAACAUAUUUGUACAAUUUAAAAAGAAUUAUACCUAAUUCAAUUAAAGAUUUAUUGUUUUGGUUCUGUUUUCCACAGCAUCCAUUUAUCAAAGGUUAUGUCGACAAGAAAGCCAUCAUGGAUUUAAUCUAUGAAGCCAAGGCUGAAGUUGUAGAAGUAGUAGAAGACUUAACUGAAGAAGAGGAUAUUUUAGCCAUCAAGGUUCUAAGGGCUUUUUAACAUUAGUUUUAUUCAACAAUUUAAAAAAAAAAUUAAGUUUAUAUUUAUUUAUUCAAAAUUCUUGUUUUAUUUUAAAAGGAUAAAAGUGAUUUCAUUUUGAUUUUAAAAUGCAUGACUUUAAAAAUUUUUUUUCUUCCUUUUUUAAAACAGAGAAACAUGAGUGCAGAUUCACAAUCAAUAGAUUUAGAUAGCAUCUCUCUUGCAAGUGAUGAGAAAGAUAAGGUAACUCUGGUUGGAUUUAAAUUAAAGGGAUAUGAUUCAAAUACCAGUAGAAUUUUAAGUAAGAAAACUAAAAAAAAAAACAAUAAUAUUAUCAGUGGUUUGGACAAUUUAAACUAGUACUUUUUUUUAUAAAGUUCCUAGGAAACCUUUACAGUUUAAAGUUUCGCUUACAAUAAAGAAAAACAUAAUUAAUAUUGCAAGAAGCCACUGUAAUUGUUAAUUGUUAUUGAAAUGGUAACUUUUAUCUUCCGUGUUACACAUUUAAACAUGAAUUUUUUAAAAAAAAUUGCAAUACCUUUCUUAUUAAUUUUAUAUUCAAUUUUAAACAUCUAAUUUUAUAUUCAAUUUUAAACAUUCAUUACUCUAUUUCAAACAGGAGCAUAAUGAUUCACGACUGUCAACAGUGGUAGAAAUUACUGUUACAACCCCUGAAAAAUCUCCAGCAGUCAAACGCAAGCCCGCGCCAUCUCCUCCUGAGGUGAUACCAGUAAUACCGACUGUUACUUCAACAGCUCAGGUUGAUGAAAAACCUGCCAUUUCCUCUGAUGAGGGCAUUGGGGUUAGUGGAGAUGAUAAAUCUAGCUCAGGAAGUUCAGAGUCUAGUCAGGUAAAAAAAAAAAUCAAAUUGCUUCAUGUUGAAUGACAGUAUUUUUUAAAAAAAGAUUACCAGUAGUUAAAUUGGAAUUGUUAUACUGGAAUUUGAAAUUUUCCUCUUUAAGUUAAUUUUAAGACCCAAAAUAGUUUUAGGAAUGAAAAAAAAAAAAAGACUCGCCUAGGGGAAAUAAAUGAUUCAGGGCAUCAGUGUUAAGCAGUGUAUGCAUUUAUAGGCAAUAUUUAAAUUUAAAUUGUUUUAAUGUAAUGAAUAAAUGUUAUUAACUGAUUCUUAUCCAUCAUUGAAUAAUUGUAGGUAUUGUAAGUAAUUGUGAUUUAAUUCAUUUAUAUCCUAAUUUUAACUCAUUUUUUCCCAACUUUCUGUAGAGUUUCAGCCCAGCAAAAUUGAAAGAAGUUGAUGAAGUUGUUGCACCUGUGAUCACAGAGCCCAGCGCUGAAAGUGGUGAGGCCAUUUCUUCCGAGAUUGUCAGUGAUAUCAUUGAUGAUGUCCUCAAUUCCACCACUCUAGAACCUUCAGUUGCUAGUGUUGUCUUUGAUACCUUCAGAGAUUUUGUAUCUCCUGAUGAAACAACUGAUGUUAAAGAGGGAGAUGAAGUUUUGCCACUGGUUCUUCCAAAUACUGAUCCGAUCGUUGAGGUGAAAUCACUAGAAAAGUCUGAUGAAAUUAAUAUGGGUUCUAAAGAAAAUCUCACUGAUCUAGAAAAUAUAAAGAAAGGUUCUAAAGAAAAUCUCACUGAUAUAGACAAUCUGAAAUAUUCGGAUGAAGAUAUGGACAUUAUUGAUGAUAAACCAGUGACUGAAACAAAUACAGUUACUGUGAAUGGUUUUGUACCUCCCAGCGAGCCACUUCAUCAUGAUAAACAAUCAUCUCCAAGGGAGCAUGAGACCAACCAGGUCAAUGCCUCUCAUAAACCACAUGAAUCUCCUGAUGACAAAAAGCUUCUUGAGCAGGUCAAGGACCAUGUGGCUCCUGGUCUAGCCCCAUCUCUCAAUGUGCCUGUAGCCGUGCCUCAAACAGAUCUGGAUACUUUUGAAACAAAAAUGAUUGAUGAAGUGAUUAACAUGGAUGAAGACUCAGACAAGCGUUCUGACUCUGGCAGUGUAAAUACUCUUGACAGUGACUUGCAUGAUACAGAAAAGGAUGGUGAUGUUGUCCAGAGACGACAAAAGAAGGGGCACAUCCGUCCAAGGAAUGUAAGUUUGUAGAUUCAUUCCCUUUUGAGAGCUAUUUAUAAAAUAAAAUAAUUAUUUGAAUAUAAUGUAUAUUUUACUUUUGUAGAGAAAUGUAAACAAGGUUUUAUCACCAUCUAUAUCAGUAUAAAUCAAAUUUUGUCUUACUUGAAGUUAUUUAUGUUUAGCAAACAUAAAUUUUGACUAGAUCUAACAAUGUAGAUGGGUAAUCUUCUUAUUUAAACUCGAUGCAAUUUUAAAAUUGUUAUAACUGUAGUUAACCUGUUCUUAAACUACAUCAGCUUCUUGAGUACUUUGAAACAUAUCAAAUUAUGAAUGUUAUCAUUAUUUUGCUGUUGAAAUAAUGGCAGUGACAACCAACCAAAAUGGUUCAAAAUUCAGAUGGAAUUGUUAAACAGCCACCACUUUUUUUUUUGUUUUUAAAUAAAUCUGAUAAUAGGCUAAUACAAAAGUUGAAUAUAUUUCAGAACAACUUUCUGUUCAUAUUUUAAAAUAUUUAGUUGUAAUUCAUGUUGUACAGAUUAAAUAUAUAAUUUGUGAUUUUUAUAUACACAUCUAUUAGAGAAUAUUGAUUAACACAUCUAUAAGAUUAAUUCAUUAACUUCAAUAUAGAUAAUAAAAUGAAUCUUAGGUAAACAAAUUUUUUACAAUAAUUUUGCAGGAGAGUAAGAGUCAUUACAGAACUAUUGCCAAAACUCGUACCUACAUGAAAGAUGGCCAAGUUGUAACAUCGACCAUUACUAAAGUCAUAGCAACGGGUGAGGAGAACCGGGUCAGAGAGGAUCAUUUACACAGGUUGGUACAUGUCAGCCAUCUUAUCUGAUUGUCAUACAUCUGUUGACAUAUGUCUGGAUCAAUCACAUACCUUCUAUCUUUUACGUUGUGGGGUCUGUUGACCCCAACUACACAGUAUGUAGAAGAUCCAGAAAACAAUAAAGGGAAUUAUGAGCUGUGAAACAUUGAACAUAAAAAAACAAAAAUGUAUUCCUAUUUUGCAUUUAAAAAAAAAAAGUAAAGCAUGAGUAUGUCUUGUACAUGCAUACAGUCAAAUACCAUAUUAUUAAUGUUAAAAUUUGAAUCCAAAAUUUAUAUACAACUAAAAAAUAAGGGUUAGAAAUAUUUUAAAAUAUAGUGGUCCAUUGCAACAGAUACAAACAAACAGCACCUUGCAAUUACCAAUGGCUGCAAUUUACACUGAACUGAAUACAUAUUCACUACAAUGUGACUAUAUAAUUGAAAGAUUUAAAUAUCAUAAAGGGUUUAUUCAGUUAGGUGGUGGACUACUACUUCUUUAACAUCUUGAGGGCCCACAAUCUGAUCAUUCUGGCUCCUAUAUUUGUAGAAGGGUUCAUGAUGUUUCUGUGCAUGGUUUUGAAGAGGAUAUUUGACUGGUUGCAAGGGCUACUCGGAGGGGUUUUAGGAACUGGGGGCUGGAAGGCAGGAGGCAAUAGAUGCAAUCGUGUUCAGUGUUGUCGCCUCUAUUGUUCCUUCUGAAGCUUGUUCCAUUCCUUGAUUGUCUUUGGCCGGAAUGAGCAGAUCCUGUCCUGUGUUCUUGCUGUAAUGAGCCGGAAUUGCUUGUCAUGGCCUCGCCGCUUUCUAGGAGGAGAUGGGGGAGUUCCUGUUUAAUGCUGGAGCAUUAGAACAGCCCAAUUUUUAUCUUGAUCGGCAUGAAGAGUCAGGAUAAUCGUCGCCAUUCUUCCAAUGGUGACCAGCCCAGUAUGCUGCGAACACUUUAGGCGCUCUUGUGGUUCAGGACAAAGCGUGCUGCCCGUUGCUGGACCGCCUCCAACCUAUCGAUUAGGGGUGUGCCGGAUCCGUUUUUUCCAACCGGAUCCGGAUUUUCUUAUGCGAAAUCCUCCGGAUUCGGAUCCGGAUUCCGGAAUAAACCGGAUUCCGUUUUCUCCCGGAUUCCGGAUUUUGGUACUAUUGGUAGAUACUUCGGUAAGUCAAGGUGGACUACUACUUUUUGUGUAUGGGAAUUCGCAAUCGGCGCCAAAAAAUCCGAGUUUUUAAUUUUCCGAUGUGUGUCUAUUUAUUUUAUUAAAUUAGUACUUUCGAUAUAUAUUUGAGUUCCGUUCCAUUUGGAUAAGUGUCUUACGAGAGACGCCAUGUUUCUACGCGUUCGCAGCAGGUCAUGCAGCUCGCUCAACCUAAUUUCGCCAUGGGGUUGGCCACGCCCCCCUUUUUAAUGGCGGAAGUUGACGAUACUUAGGAAAUAUUAAUUUAUUAUCACUAUUUACAUCAAAAUAAUUGAUAACUUGUGUUUCAGAAUGCAUUUAAAGACAUUUAAACUGGAAUGUUUUAAUUUGAGCUUUAACAACCCGGUAGAAUCCAUAUUAUAAAUGAUCAGAAUUUACCGUGUGCAACACGUUGUCAUUGGCAACCAUUCACAGCCACUUGCAUAACUGUAUCGUAGUACUACCUCAGAGUUUCAUUCAUAAGAGUUUGCCGUGUGCAAAAACUAUUAAACCAUUGGUCAGGGAAAGCUUUAAUUAAUUAUUCAUGUGCCAAAGUUGAAAGUUUAAACUAAGUCUAAACAGUAUUUUAGUGAUAAGGCAGGGAAUGCGUUGCCUUAUAUAAACUAUAUAGUCAUUGCGCAUGACGGGAUUGGUGGAAUGAGAUCACAGAAUGUGGAGAUGCAGUCCAUGUUAAAAAAUGACAAACCAAGUCGUACUUUAAAAAUUCAUAACUUUAAAACUACAACAGCUAAAAAUAUGAUUUUGGUGUUAUAAUUCUUUAAAAAAUUACAUCUUUUCAACUAUGCCAUUGGUUUAUUUUUACAAAAAGUUUAAAUUUUCUUAUCAAAGUCCCUACACUAUUGGCCACUAUUAGCGGUGCUGACUCUAGCCUCUGGUAUGUACGGAAUAUUAAACAUUAAACAAGCUCAACGCUCGAAACAAUCGAUUAAUGUAUCGUGAUCGUGUGGAAUUCGGGAAAGAGAAUUACUUUUAUUUCAGAUUAUGAUCCGGUGAGUCACAAAAUCUGGCAAAUUCCGAAAUCCGGUAUAUUCCGGAUUCCGGAAUCCGGUUGUUCCGGAUACAUGUAAAUCCGGCGGAACCGGAUUUCACCGGAUAGUGCAAAAUCCGGCGGAACCGGAUUCCGGCACACCCCUACUAUCGAUGCUCUUCUGGGUGAAUGGGUCCCAGAUUGAAAAUGCAUAUUCUAAAAGCAGCCAAACGUUUUUUCUUUCAUGCUGGAGUUGCAGAUCCUCAGAUUUCGCCUUAGGAACCCUAGGGUCUUGUUUGCCUGGUUGCACACAUUGUUAAUGUGCUCGCCCCAGCGGACUUCUCUUUGAAUGGUAACACCCAGGUACAUUACGGAGGAAACUGGCUCAUGCAGUUGGUAAGGGUGGUGUAGAGGGGUUCUUCUUCUGGUGACUGACAAGGUCUGUCACUUGGCAGGAUGAAAUUCCACGUCCCAGCUCCUCUCCCACUCAGCUAACCAAUGGAGGUCCUGUUGUAGCUGAUCCUGGGAGCUGUUCACCACCAUGGCGUCUGCAAACAGUCUUGCUUGGGAAGUCAGCAUCUCGGGCAGGUCAUUGAAAUAUGCUAGGAACAAACAGGGGCCUAGCACCCAGCCCUGGGGGACCCCUGACUUAACGCCAACAAAGGAGGACCUUGUGUCGUUUACCACAACUGCCUGGCAUUGGUCGCUCAGGAAGCUAGAGAUCCAUGUUUUGGUAGUACCUUGGAUCCCAUAUCAAUGAAUUUUAUAUGAUAGCAAACUAUGAUUGACACUGUCAAAUGCCUUUAAGAAGUACAUCAGUAGCACGUCAGUUUGCUUGCUGUUCUUCAGAUUAUCAAGUCUUCUACAAAUUGGAGUAGCUGGGUCUCACAUGACUUGGAAGCCAUGCUGAAAGUCAUUGAGUAUAUUUUGGCUUUCAAAUGCUUCAUGACUGCACUUAUGAUUAUGUGCUCCAAUAGUUUGCAUACCAUGCUGGUGAGGGAUACAGCAUGGUAGUUGGCAGGGUCGUAAUCGUCUCCUUUCUUGUAGAUAGAGUGAAAUGCGCUGCUCUCCAGUUUAAUGGACCAUUGCCUUUGCACAGUGACGAUUGGAAGAGGAUUGUCAGUGCAGGAGUGAUUUAUUGGCCAAUUCUUUGAGCACUCAAGCGGCAAUUGAAAUGUCACAUUAAGAAAUGGCGCCAGCGGGCCGUCAAGCUAAUGCUCUUUAUGCCCUCCCAAAGCACCCCCCCCCCCCAAGCCCGGUAUCGGGCCGCGAAGCGGCACGUUACGCUGGAGAUGUCCCUUUGCGGCAACUAAUUUGCUCUGUUCAACUCCUAUCCAUCCGAAAUUAUGACCUUUGCUAAAUGUCCCAGUAAGAAAUGGCGCCAGCGGGCCGUCAAGCUAAUGCUCUUUAUGCCCUCCCAAAGCCCCCCCCCCCCCCAAGCCCGGUAUCGGGCCGCGAAGCGGCACGUUACGCUGGAGAUGUCCCUUUGCGGCAACUAAUUUGCUCUGUUCAACUCAUAUCCAUCCGAAAUUAUGACCUUUGCCAGCAAAUGACCAUAAAUACUUACCCAUUUAAGAUGCGUGUUUAUAAAAAUCAGGUUUUCACAAUGGACCUUGAAACAUUGAGGGGGGCUACUGCUGUGCCACAUGGGGAGGGGGGGCUAACUGCUGUGCAACAUUGGGGGCUACUGGUAUGCCACAUUGGGGGAGGGGGGGCUACUACUGUCUGUGCCAUGUUGGGGGGGGAUAAUGCUGUGCAACAAUGGGGGCUACUGGUAUGCCACAUUGGGGGCUACUCAUGUGCCACAUUAGGGGUUGCUGCUGUGCAACAUUGAGGGGCUACUGUUGUGUAACAUUGGGGUCUACUACUGUUAGGCAUUGGUGGCUACUCCUGUCCGACAUUGGGGGCUACUGCUGUGACACAUUGUGUGCUACUGCUCUAGUAAUAAAGGGAAUUGUUUCAAACUUUUUCAUGCGAAUAAAUCAGGAAUAUGGUUUCAUACUAGAAAGUAUGCGAGAAGUUCUUCAUGAAUGAUUUUCUGCAUGGGGUCAUAUGAACUCAUUUAUUCCUGAUUUAUUAAAUUGGCUCAGACUAAAACAUGGCCAUCAUCAUGUACCACAGUUAACAAUGAAGAAAAAAAACCAACCUCUCUCCCCCCUUAGAGGGCAGGUCUCAGAGGUAGCCCUUUGGUCCCUGUCUCUAGCUAGAAUUUGUGAUGUAAUGUUUAAUUUAGGAGCCAGGUGUGCUCCCAUGACCACUUUAAUUAUUGAACCGUUCCAAGGAUCUAUGUGGACCACAGCUCUGAGGAAACCAUUGCAGGAAGUUCCCAAUGAGGAUCCCCAUCCUGUCUGCAUCAAUCUACCAUCAACAUAGCAUAACUACUUGCACCCUGGCUGGUGAAAAGGGAAUUUUAAUAAGUACCAGAAUUAAGGACCAUUUCUUCAUGGUGUCCACACUUUAAAAGGAAGCUACCUCACUCCCUUUCCAGGCUUCAGUGUAUGUGUGUGUGUGGGGGGGGUGAAGGGGGCUUGUGGUGGGGCAGGGGUUUUGAUAUAAUUGGUAGACCAUAAAGACCUCGGGCUCAUGUCUCUGACUCCAUCCACUAAGUAACAUUUUUGUGUGGCACUGUUUAUUUCUGAAUUGUUUUUUUUCAUAAAUACCAUUUAAUAGACCCAAGGAAAGGUCAUGAUUUGAAGCCUCAAGUAUAGUGAUAAAAGUGUAACUGUUGCUUCAUCAUUCCAUGGAGAUGUGGAAAUCAAUUGUUGCCAAAUGCACUUUAAGGUACAGGAGGAAACUAACACCAACAAUUGCUACAUUUUAAAAACUUUUAAAAUAUUGUUGCACUAGAUAACCCCACGCCUCCCACCAUCUCCAAGCCUCCCUUCACCCUUAAAGUCCUCACAAGAAGCCUGCCCUCAAACCAACCAUCUCUCAAACUGUGUACCUCCAAAGUAUACUGUUUACCUACCAUCACCUACCAUCCCCCACCUUACCCAUCUGGCAAGUCUCUCUUUACCAUCUAUCCCUCCCAUAUAAACAUAGCCAUGCUCAUUGCAUAUUAUAUAUACUGUUUUACUAUAUAAGUACAUUCAGUUAAUGCCCCAGUACCAAAUAAGGAGACAGAAAGAAACAUUAACAAACUAAAACCAGUUUAAAUGUGAGAAAAAAAUGAAGAAAAAAAUUAUGUUUUUUUCCUUGUUAAUUCAGUGUUGAAUUAUAUUGACAUUAUUAUUGAGUCAACUCGAAUCAAUGUGUAAUAUUUUUUCUAUACAAAGUGGAGGAACAAAAUAAUUGUCUUAAGUUCUGGAAUACAUUAUUUUUAGGUUCCACUUGGCAUAUAAUAUCAGUUGCAAGUCCUGUCAAAAUCAAAUUGGGUUAAAGUGUAUUGAUUGGUACGAACUAACCUAACUUGUUAUCCACGCCCAGAGUAAUUGGUUCCUGGCUGUUGAUCCCCCAUGUCCUACCAUCUAAACCUAUGCAACUAGCCAAGCAAACAAAACCCACAUUAAGCUAUGUGGCACCAAAUCCCCUGCCAUCCCAAGUAUCAAUGAAUAUUCUAAUCUCUUCUCUCGGUACCCCUCCCUUACUGGUGUUACUCCCCCCACCCCUCCUUUUCCCGCCCCCCUUCUCACUUGCUCAAGCCCGAAACCUUUUUCCCCCGAGCUCCAAACAGGGACUGCUCUCCAAUUUCUUGUUUCCCCAACUUGGCACCGGUUUAGCGAGCCAUCGGUCACCCAGAGGGGGGAGAAGCGUGAGUCACACACCUAAACAAAAACAUUCACUCUUUGGAUGUGCAUCCUGUCCCCCUUCUCUCUCUGGUGUUUUUUUUUUUUUUUUUUUUCAAUGGCAAAUUUUCCUCUGUUCUGAAAUUUCAGCUCUUCCAAAUUAUUUUUUUUUUUUUUUUUUUUUUUCAAUGGCAAAUUGUCCUCUGUUCUGAAAUGUCAGCUCGUCCAAAUUAUGCUCAUCCUCCCCAGCGAGCCUGUUGGGUUCAUCUCGAGUUUGUCAGCUUGGCUUUUUGGAUAAGUACCGUCUAUGCUUGUGAGAUAUACAUUUGCUAAAUGGCCACUGUAGAAGGGGGCGAUGGGACAUCUAAAUUAUUAAAUGACACAUAUUAUGUUGAUAGUGAUGUCUACAUUUUUUUUAUUAAACCCCUCUAAAUUGUCAUUGAAACGGAAUAGAUGGCACCGCCCAUGUUAAUGAGCACUGUAUACGUUUUAAUGAUGAUAUUUUUUGACUGGUUAGACUGAGUUGUACAAUCGGAACAAAAUAGUAAACUAAAUAAAAACAAACACGGAGAAAUGGUUGUGAUUGAAUAUUCAUUAAAGAAUAACUCAUCUAUAUAUUAUUUGACGCCGCCGAUCUUUAGUUUCCUGUGCUUACAAUGUUUGAGGUCUACUUCAUAUCAUAAGCUGGAGAGCUAUCUUAGUAUGAGGUUUGCUUCAUAUCAUAAGCUGGAGUGCAAUCUGAGUAUGAGGUUUGCUUCAUAUCAUAAGCUGGAGUGCUAUCUGAGUAUGAGGUUUGCUUCAUAUCAUAAGCUGGAGUGCUAACGGAGACUGCACAUCUUCAACCUUGUUUUAUUACAUCAAAAAUGUGUAAAUUUUGAUUUGUUUCAAUGCAUUAUUUGGCUAUAGAAUUGAAGAGUUUUACAACUUACAGGUUGCCUAAAUUGAUCCCCAUUAUCGAAUGUUAUUUGUAAAAAAAAAAAAGGUUUUGUCCUGUCCGUAAUGUGCAUUGAGCUGAUGGGGGCUGGUCGGAGCUGUUGAACUGAUUACAGGGGAGUUGCCAGCGAGCGUCAUUAUAAAACUGCUCUGAAGGGAGCCCAUGAAAGCUUUGGCUGCUCACAUGCAUCCGGCAUGCGGCGCACGGAGAUGUAAAAAAGCCGACCCCGCAACGAUGUCAAAUGUUUCAUUGAUCGUGGCCGAUAGAAACUGUUCAUCGCCCCUCCUCCUAAUUGGUUCACAUCUUAGCUUGGCCAACCUUGUACUACCGGCCCCAGGGGCAGCUGAGUCAAUGGGGGUAAUCAAUAAUAAAAUCAGUGGACAUAAGAUGAUGCUUGAAUGGAGAAGGAAAUACAAAGCGGGUGGGGGGAGAAGGGCGGUGUUAGAUUUAUACUAGUUUGAAAUGACCACCAUAAAAUAUUGCAUUACACUGACAUUUUGGAGUCUUAGCGUUUUCUGCAGGGGCGCUUUAAAAAAACUGAAUCGAUUUAUUUGGCCUCAACGCCAGCAUUUUAAGCACUAGCUUAAACCAUUCUUUGAUUAACUUUGAAUAUCUCCCCUACAUAAAUGGACAACGUUCUUGUCACCAGGAUGAGAACUUUUUUUUCUCUCUUUCUUUUAAUCGUCACUUUACUCAACGUAAAAAUGUCGGCUGACUUAUUUGGGGUCCAUUUAUGUGGAUUUUUGUUAUCUGUUAAUAAAAAUAGACGGUCACUAAUUAAAAUGAAGUUGUUAGCCGAGUUUUCACCAACUUAGAAUUUUGUCAUUUACAUAUCCUGUCAUGUACAUAUCCUGUCAGUUACAUAUGUAGGCAUAGGUAAGUCUCAACAAAUGCACCCGCCAACAAUGAACUCGAUGAAGACAUUCACCGAGUGUGUGUGGUAGACAAAGUAACCAUACAAUUUGAUGAUAUACGACCGCUCCCAUCUUGAACACACUUCUUUCUAUAGAUGGCAAUAUUUCCUUUUCGAACUGAUCUUAUAGAUUCGCGGAUAGUGUUAUUAAAUAUUCAUAUGAAACAGAAAAGAUGACAACCAAACAUAAGGGUGGAAAAGGGGGGGGGGAGGGGGGAGAAAUAAUCAAUCACGCAUAGUUUAGUUUAUUUUUUAAAGAAUAUAAUUUUAUUCUUUAAAAAAAAAUAUAUAACUUCUAAUGCUGAGAUUUGCCUAUGGGUUGAGCUGUGCAUGUUCCCACUGGACCAAGUGUGUGGCCAAGUUUGCAAAUAUUGUAUGAUGGAUGUGAAUGAUAGCCAGAGAUUGCAGCUGAAAUCGGCUGGGUCUAACAGACCCGUCACACAAAGAUGCUGGCAUCAAAAGAUGGGAGUGAAGGAGGGGGGAGGAGGUAGAGCCAAUUCAAAAGAAAGAUGGCCGAGGCAAAAUUGGAAUCACUUUUGCGUGGGAAAAAUGGAUUGGCGAGAGUGGUCGGAGAUGAGGGGAAGCCAACAGUUGCAUGUGAUGGUAUGAGCCAGGCAGUGUGUGGACGGACGGCUGGCUUGUACAGCGGUGUGACAGGAGAGUUGUUUCUUGUGGUCAUCUGUUUAUUCCUAAUGACUUGCAAUAUGGAUGGAAAUGUACUUGAUUGUCAAGAUUUUAUUACUGUGGGGAUUUAAUAAUGUGUUCACAUAUUUGAAAAUGAGAUUACCGCUGUGAGACACCGGAAAAGUGAUGUAAAGACACAUGGGCUUGCUGGCUAGAGAUCGAUUUCCCUGUUACAUGGGGGAUAUUAAGUCAGCACCUCAAAUAGCCACAAGUUUCCUAUGUUUUUUUAUCUUCUAUAUAAUCGGCAAACAUGACUACUUUCUUGGGAUAUGUGUUACUUCUGUUAGAGCUGAUUAAAUUGGAAUAUGCACCCGUUGCUUAACAUUAUUCAUCUGUGAUAUAUUGCAUGGAUGGUCGCUGUUUUUUUUUACCAUGUUCUUUUGAAGUACCGACCCAUUCAGUCAGAUAUAUUGACAUAUUUUUUUACACCCCCCUCCCCCCAUUUCAAAAACGCCCCCGUAACUAGAAGGGAAAUGCCCUUUUGCGUAUUAUCUAAUGUGAAGUCCUGCCAGGUAUUGUUAAACAAGCAAACGUUGAGAUCUCUUAUCGAACGUAUCUCAACAUCUUGAUCUUUAAUGUCUCGGCGAGGGCUUGAAUACGAGGGAAGAUGUUCUUGAGCAGAUACAGCACUUAGGAAGUCGAUGAUCUGAUUUUUAUGACCUGAGUGCCCUAGCCCUGGAGUACUAGAGUUUCGAGAUUGCUUUACUUGACUCUCUGCUGGAGACCCGGCACUCGCAUUAUCGAUUUUUUUGGGUUUAAAGUUGAAAAAGAGAGAGCCACUUAAAUACAGUAAAAGGUAGUUCAAACAAAGAAAAAAGAAGCGUAAUCUGGAAACUCUCCAUUUUCAAACAGGAUUUUCAAUAUUUGGCGCUAGUACCCAUUUGAACAUCUGGUCUGUUAGAGCUCCGUCUGUUGGCCUGAUGUGUCCUAAUAACAAGCUUUAAGAAGUAACUAAAAAAAGAGAAACGUUUUAAAUGUAUGUUUGGAAGAAUUGUUGCAGAGAUAAAGUCUCCUCAUAUCGGCACUUCAAGUUGACUUCAAAAUUUCUCUUCACCCUCACCCCUUUUUUUACACACACACACACACACACUAAAUUAAAAACACUGGAUAUCAAACACGUUUCGAAUUUGAACUAAAUUUGAUCAAAUGAAUAAUUGUGAUUAAACACAUCAAUAAAAUACGCGAGAGGGAGGGGGGGGGGCGCGGCGACAAAACGCAAGCUGUGAUCAGGUGCGUGAUGUUUUAGUUUUAAAAAUAUAGCUUUAAAUAAUAGCCGUGACCCAAUAAUACUGAACUAAUAAUGGUACCAGACUUUGCUCGGGUAGAAAUGAACCAUGAAUAAAACAGUUCUUGACAACUUAUAAUCAGCAUAUUUCUCUGGCCCAGUGGUUCUCAGCCAUGGGGUUGCCUAAGACGAUCAGAAAACACCCAUUUGUGAAGUAGCAACGAAAAAUAAUUGUAUGGUUGGGGGUCACCACAACACGAGUAAUUAUAUUAAAGGGUCGCGGCAUUAAGAAGGUUGAGAACCACUGCUCUAGCCGAACGUUUAUCUUUCGAAUGUGUCAAUGUAAACGUACAUAAAGAUUUAAAAAAACAAAACGUUCUUAUAAGACGUUCACAAAAGAAAGCAGCCACUUCUAUGAUUGUUCUAAUUCAAGAAACUUGGUGUGGGACAAUGACAAUGUUUCCAGCUGAAAGCAGAGAAUGGCUCUCGUGAUUUGUUAUAGCUAAACAUUUCCUAAGUCCCGUGCCGCCCCCGCUAACAGAUGCACGACUGGCAAUGGCUUGUGUUUGUGUUAAGGAAGUCCGAUAUAGAUUCAUCUUUGUGUGUCAAGAUCUCGUCAUUGGAGGACACGGGAUCUGGCCUAAUUAUUGAUUUAAUACCAGGCUCAGUUCGCUUCACGUGAGCUUCUCCAGGGCGUCUCAUGAUUCAACAGUUUGUCAGUUAGAAAUACUACCAUUCCCCCUUUACUAUAAUGCACAUGGAGUCCGCGUGGAUAUCGGCAGCAGUGGAAGGCGUUUAUGUCCUACUGUUGAGACUAGGGCGACCACGUGAGAAUCAUGUCACUUGUACACCUUUAAUACUAGUAGUUUGAACUGCAGCUGGUUUGUACCAUUACAACCUCAAACCAUCGAAAUCAUCUCUGUUUGAGACGAGAAGAAAAAAAAUAAGUGGGGGGAGGGGGAUGUCAAAGUUUGAAAAAAAUAUUACCAUAAUAAAAAAAAAAAGAAGAAAAAAAUAAAACAAAAGGCUGAAUAUUUGAGUAAGUUCAUUGAUUUGUGGGGUUUGUCUUCCUCACUCCAACGUUUAGCUUUGAAAAUGGUCUCGUCAUAGCAUCCUUAAAUGAAGUAACCUUAGUCAUUUUAGUCAUUUUUGUGUUCUUUUGAAUUAAAGUUUUGUCCAUCUCCUUAGCAAAUAAAAUGAUUGUAACACAUAUCUAAAUAUAAUUAGUGUUUCCAACAAAAACGCUGGAAGAUCAUUCCUAGAAUGACUAUGCAAAAGAUUGAAUUGUUGGCGUAACAAAUCACGACAGCUACCAGCUGGACAUACCUCGGCACGUUUGUCAACAAAGCCGUCAACAAUUUGGGGGUCAUUUACUUGCUGGUCAGCUCCGGUACUAGCCUUGCUGUUUGUUUAAACCAGUGUCAGUAGACCCCUGGCUAUGUGGGUCUUUGUAUCGGGGAAUCCACGUUAAACUUUGCUCUUGUAAAAUACACUCAUGUGUGGUGUGUAUUCGUGUGUGGUGUGUAUUCGGCUCACGUAGCUAUUUAUUUAAGACAACUUGAAACACUAAUUUUGUUUCAUAUCUUUUGAUUAGUAUCGAUUUCAUGCACUUAGUGAGUAUAUAGUACUAUGACUGAAACACUGGAUACUCUGUCCUAGACUGGUUCACGUGUCCGGAUUCUAACAAAUGGAGUGACAACAGAAUCCACUAUUGGCGUAGCAAUCUAACAAACGCCCUAUUUCUUUUGGAUGUGUCUUGUAAAAUUGUGAAACUUAAUUGGAAAAUAAAGUGUUCACUUGUUUUAAUUGUGAGAAUAUUGAGGCGUGAUAUAAAGUCAUGGAGUCAAUUUCACUAAUAUAAGACAACAGUCGGUACAUGCCUCGACCCCCUGAAGGCCUUCGACCACCAGAGAAAAUGUUCUUUGCAUCAGGUCAGCCCAACGAUGGCCAGGAAGAGUUUGACGAAGCAUCCUGGGAGAGCGCUCGCUCCAGUUGGAUCUACAUGGAGAUGGAGCCCAGACAAAAAGCUUGCUGGUUUGACAAGGGCUUCUGCGUGUCGCCGGACGAGCAGCACAAGUUUAACCUCAGCGGGAACUCGGACGGCAUGUCACUGGCGAUGACGUCAUUGGACACAACGGGAGUCUCCGAAGACGGUGACGUGAGUUUUGAAUUUGUGGAGGGCGUGACGUCAGGGCGCCUGGAUGAAGAGGAGGAGGAUGGUGAUUAUGAGCAGAUAAGUGACCAGCUUCAGGAACCGUGCUAUGCAACGUGUGAUAUUCUUGUCAGCAACGACAACUUUAUUCUCAAAAAGGAGCAAGGGAAGAAUCCAAUGAAAUCAGACUCCAGCUCCAAUAUACAUGGACAUGCAUCAGAUACAAGUGGUGAGAAAACGUCUGCCGCACGACGGUCGGUGUCACUGGACAGUUAUCCUUUACCCAAAAAUCCACUCCAGUUACUAAAACAGUCGGAGACAUUUCACUUUCCCCACAUGGCUAAAGCUAGAUUACGAGCAUUACCUCCUGUGCCCCACAACUCUAGGAAGUAUCCCGAUAGUCCCCUCGCGUCGUCUGCGUCGUCUCCGUCACAAACUAACAUCGCCAACCAGCCAUCUUCGUCGUCAAAAAGUCCGUUGUUGCUUCGUGUCGAAGCAGAUGCCGACAGAGAUUCCAUAUUUUCUCUAUCAACAAUGGCGACGGUUUCCACUGCGACCAGCUGUGGAAGCCUGUAUCGUAUACCCGCUAAAGUGCGCAAGCUCUCCACGUCAUCUACCUCAGCUAAAUCUACCUGGUCAGCCAUCACAAGUAAAAGUAUUGCCAGACACCUUGGUCAUAUUUCGUCAGACCCUAUACGGAUUACCACCCAUCAGGCCCCGGUGUCGCUUCUCCCCAAAUUGCUGAGGGAUGUUUUUGCUUACCUCUGGUGUGAGAACCCCGAUCGUGACCCUUUUAAUACAUUUUCUGUGUCUGAGACAGAUCUUACCUCAGCCAUAGCACAUCUCGAGCACCAACUCAGCACGAGGGUCCGCAGUCAGGGGGAGAAAAGUCGAGCCAGUUUGUUUUCAAAUUUGAUCAACCCCAGCCCGACCCAGCCUACCGCCACCUCCACCCCAAGCUCGCCCACGUCCGAGAGCCCUGCCUGUCUAGACCUGGGCAAUGAAGAUGAAACCAGUUCUGGUCCCAUGAGUCAGCUCCCAUUUAGGGUCCAGUUUAUUAUGGAGAGCUAUUGUAACAUUUACAUGAUGAGGUACGUUUUAUAGUUGGUCGAUAUUUCUCAUUCCUUUCCCCACUCACACACAUCAUAUUAUGACAUGGCAUUGGGGAAUGAAGAUGCUUUUUACAAGGCAGCGUGAUGCUCAAUGAUAUUUAUUUAUUAUGAGGAACAAAGUGAAGUUAUUGACACUUAAUUGUCCAUUUGGUAAUGGGUUAGAUUAUCUGACAAGAAGCGCUGCCGAGAAAGGAACACUUUUACGAAUCCAACUUGGAUUCUUCAGUAUAAAGAGAGUAAAACAGAGUAGGGUUCAACCUGAAAAAGAGUAAAACAGAGUAGGGUUAAACCUGAAAAAGAGUAAAACAUAGGGUUAAACCUGAAAAAGAGUAAAACAUAGUAGGGUUAAACCUGAAAAAGAGUAAAACAUCGUAGGGUUAAACCUGAAAAAGAGUAAAACAAAGUAGGGUUAAACCUGAAAAAGAGUAAAACAUAGUAGGGUUAAACCUGAAAAAGAGUAAAACAGAGUAGGGUUAAACCUGAAAAAGAGUAAAACAGAGUAGGGUUAAACCUGAAAAAGAGUAAAACAUAGUAGGGUUAAACCUGAAAAAGAGUAAAACAUAGUAGGGUUAAACCCGAAAAAGAGUAAAACAGUAGGGUUAAACCUGAAAAAGAGUAAAACAGAGUAGGGUUAAACCUGAAAAAGAGUCAAACAUAGUAGGGUUAAACCUGAAAAAGAGUAAAACAUAGUAGGGUUAAACCUGAAAAAGAGUAAAACAUAGUAGGGUUAAACCUGAAAAAGAGUAAAACAGAGUAGGGUUAAACCUGAAAAAGAGUAAAACAGAGUAGGGUUAAACCUGAAAAAGAGUAAAACAGAGUAGGGUUAAACCUGAAAAAGAGUAAAACAGAGUAGGGUUAAACCUGAAAAAGAGUAAAACAAGUAGGGUUAAACCUGAAAAAGAGUAAAACAGAGUAGGGUUAAACCUGAAAAAGAGUAAAACAGAGUAGGGUUAAACCUGAAAAAGAGUAAAACAGAGUAGGGUUAAACCUGAAAAAGAGUAAAACAUAGGGUUAAACCUGAAAAAGAGUAAAACAUAGUAGGGUUAAACCUGAAAAAGAGUAAAACAAAGUAGGGUUAAACCUGAAAAAGAGUAAAACAAAGUAGGGUUAAACCUGAAAAAGAGUAAAACAGAGUAGGGUUAAACCUGAAAAAGAGUAAAACAGAGUAGGGUUAAACCUGAAAAAGAGUAAAACAUAGUAGGGUUAAACCUGAAAAAGAGUAAAACAUAGUAGGGUUAAACCUGAAAAAGAGUAAAACAUCGUAGGGUUAAACCUGAAAAAGAGUAAAACAAAGUAGGGUUAAACCUGAAAAAGAGUAAAACAUAGUAGGGUUAAACCUGAAAAAGAGUAAAACAGAGUAGGGUUAAACCUGAAAAAGAGUAAAACAGAGUAGGGUUAAACCUGAAAAAGAGUAAAACAUAGUAGGGUUAAACCUGAAAAAGAGUAAAACAUAGUAGGGUUAAACCUGAAAAAAAUAACGCAACAAAACUAAUUUUAUAUUGUGCUAACCUGAUUGCAGUCUCUCCCCUCAUUACCCUUGGAUUCUUCAGCUCACACCUUUGAUGUACAGUAGUAAAUAGUUGGGGAUAGAAAUGGCAGAUUAUUAUCGCAAAUCAGAAAUAAUGACCACUUGACCAGACUUCUACACCCUCUGUCUGCACCUACUCAAACGAAUAUUUGUGGCGUUUGACUAAAUUAUACCACCGUGAGAUGAUAAACGAGCAUGUCCUGGGCAUGUCCAUUUUUUAGCCCCUUGUAUCCCAACAAUGAAAAUAUAAAAUUCGAUGUUCUGCGUGGUUUCAAUAUCAAUGCCUGGUAUUUAUCAUGGUGUGGAAGAGAGCAUAUCUGAAGUGUUCGUGUCAGUCUGUGUGUUCUAAACAGCUCGUUGAAACGGCAGUCCUCGUUUUGAAAUUUAAAUGUAUACAUCCACGUGCUGGAGGAAAAUUUGCACAAAGCAAUCAACACACAAUUGCACCUAUUUGGAUCAAUCUUAUCUCAUACGACCUCACAAGCCUUACAUCUUUCAAUAUGCUACUGAAACGUAAGCGUGCUUUGAAGGUCUUAUGUUAAUUAUGGCGAUGGUUUUCCCACUUAUAUUUUACAGUUUUUCUCGCGUAACUUGGCCAUUGGGUUAAGGGACUACAUGAAGAUCAUGGUUUGGAUUUACUCAUACCAAGCUGUUUCUUUUCUACAUUGUACUGUAUACAGCCUUUUAGCCAGGGGUGCAAAAAAGGGAGGGGGCCGCUCCCGCUUAGACCUUUUUUUUUCAAAAUCAUUAAAAAAAAAUAUAUAUAAAAAAAAGAUCCCUGUAUUUUGUAAUGGUCAAGCCUAAGUCAAAACUGAUUACGUCAAACCUGAGUAUGUUCAAAACUGACUAGGUCCAAAAUGACUACGUCAGACCUGACUACUUCACAACUGAAUACGUCAAACUUGAGUAUGUAAAAAAAAACAACUGACUAGGUCCAAAAUGACUACGUCAAACCUGACUACGUCAAAAACUGACUAAGCCACUGACUAUAAACUGUCAAUGAACCAAGACUGAGAAAACGUCUAUCCUCUCGCCACUUUCAUGUCAUAAGUCUGUCUCGGCCUCCUUCCUGUCGAUUCAGUUACGCGGUGUUCUUUUUCAGUUCACUGUCCAGAGUUAUUUGUAGCCUACCGGUACUUGCCAAUAAUGCGUGAAUUAAAACACAACAACCCAGUUCUGCUUGUCCUUUGGGCUCAAUAAUAUACCUGGCCGAUUGGCAAUCAAGCCACAACUUGUAUCAUGAUGUCUGAAAAAUCAAAUCAAAACUAAAGCUGAAUUUCAUAUGGUGUGCAAGUUGAUAUGGUGUGGGUAAAAAGGGGGUGGCAUAAAAAGAGAUGCGGCGUGCUUAUGUGAUGCUUUUUGGCCACAAGCCCAUAACGAGAUUGACAGGGGACUAUUAAAUUAUAAAUUGCCACCACCGGUCGCGGCCAUGGCUUGUAAAACUUUGCCAAACCAGGUUCUAGCAGUAAACUCCAUUUUCUGUCAACAGGACAAAGGACGCUCAUCUCACAAAGUGACGCUAUUGGGACGGCCGAAUCAAUACACCGUUCAUUUUUCAAGCAAACAAAUCUUAGGGUCAACUCACCGGACGAUUGGGGGAAAAAAAAGGGGGGGGAGGGGGGUCAUUGUAUUCACAGUUUCAUAACAAGAUGUUUCUCCCGUCAUGAUUGACCAAAUCGCCAUUCAAUAGCGCUGUUUGUCAACCAACUUAAAGAAAGGAAUUGUCGCAGAGUUGUUAUUAAAUAAACGCCAAGCUUCCUAUGCUAGAUUUUUACCAGCGGUUUAAAUCACCGAUUCAACUAGAAAUGUUCAAUUAAUUUUAAAAUGAAUCAUAUAAGUACGGUUUACUCAAAUUUAUUGGAAAACUUUCUGUGUACUGAGGUUGUAGUUGGCCCUGUUGUACUUUAAGGUUGUGGACGGCUAUUUAUAUAUGUAUAUAAUGUAAAGAGGAACGGUGAUUUGGUCGUUUUCAUCAAUUCUCGUUAGUAAUUUAGUUCUUCCUAGGGGCUAUCCAACUCACCAAAAUCCUUUGGGUAAAACUAGGCACAAAACUCUAAUGUAGUCUAUUGGAGUUGAUUAGAUGGCAUCUUUUCAACGAAUAAAACGGUCGUAAAUCCAUCUUUUUAGUUGGUGAAAAGCGAGGCGAAGGGGUUUGGUGGUGGUAGUGUAUGUUUUCCGUGGUAAUCCUUGCUUUGGCAUUGUGUACACGUCCACUUCUGGCCAAAUGAAGUGCUAUAUUUGUCUUCACUAGUAAGGCCUUUUGUUGACGUCUGGCUAUCAGAAGAAUCUGGCCAACCAAGCCGUUGCCUGUCGGCACCCAUUCUUUACAUUUCUAUGUCCUAGUUUGUUGUUGUUGCUUUCGUUUCGUUUUUUUUUUUUUUUUUUUUUUUUUUUUUUUUUUUUUUUUUUUUUUUUUAAAAUUUUUUUUUUUUUUUUUUUUUUUUUUUUUUUUUUUUUUUUUUUUUUUUUUUUUUUUUUUUUUUUUUUUUUUUUUUUUUUUUUUUUUUUGAGCUUUGAAGAAAUUUUGUUUAAUUGCUUUUAAAUGUAAACAGUGAAAGUCAUCUGUCGUAGUCACAUAAACUGCACAUAUUUGUUAGUUAUGUGUAAAACUAUAAUAAAUGUAUAUAAAACGUACGUACAAAAUCGUAGUACUGUAGUUCAAUAAUCUCUUAGCUUUUGCAAGAGCUGGUUAUUUUUAAACAAGUUCAGUUGUUUAAAAAAAAAAGAAUCUUAGUACAAAACCGACUAGUAGUGAAAACUGCUUUUUAGUGAGCAACACAAAGCCACAUUUGAUUAAAAGUUUGAAUAUACACACAUGUUCUUCCCUGUUGCCCAUGAUAGCACUAACAUCUCUCUCACCUUACAUGAGAUCAUUGUCCUGCUCUCUCAUACUGAAAAAGUGUUUCCUUUGACAUUUUUUUCUAAUGACAUAAUUACUACAGCCCUACAGACUACAGCAGCAAUUCUUUGUGGUCAUGUUGCCAUUAAUGGAAAACAAUAAGUAUUAAUAUACCACACAAUUUCUUUACAAAUAGCUUAAAGGAAAGUAAAUGUUGGCAUGAUAUAUGGAUAAACUGAAAAGAUAAAAUCUUUUCUCAGAGUUUAUUUAUCUAUUUACCUUCUCCUUGUUUUUUUUUUUUAAAAAUUUAUCCCAUAAUUCUUUUAGGAGCUGUAAAUUAUUUGCUAAGAAUUUAGUUAUUUUGGUGAAGAGGCUCAUUUUUAAUCUCAUGCACUAUUGGCUGCUGUCUUCCAUCUUCCAUGGUUGAGUUGUUUUAUUCACGGUCUUCCUCCUCCCAACUUCCUUGCUGAGCUCACAUCAUUUCCACUUGCUUGGCCUUCCCCCCCCCCCCCCCCCCCCCCCGUAGCUGGGAUAAACCCAGACCCACUAUUACUUGGUUGUGAGGCAGGCAAUAUUACCAUUUAUAUCUAUUUAAAGUAAGUUGGCAUAUUUGUGACAUGGAGUGAAAGAGACAGAUCAAAUAGCACCAACACAAUGGAUCAGAACACUUAAUCCUGACAGUCUUCGCUAAUCAAAUGUGAUACUUGAGCAGAAACAUGUGGUUAAACACAAGGGAUUUAAAUUUGUGUACUUAUCUGACUGUUUCAUAAUUUAAUUCUUUUCUCUACAGGAAACAAGAUUUACGUGAGCUGAAGUUGCUUCAAAAGCAGGAAAACAAGCAGAUAACUGAUCUGUCCUACAAAAAUCAUUUAGCACUAGAGGCUAAAGAGAAGAAGUUUGAUACAGACAGUAAUGUAAGUUUCUUGUGUUCUAUCAGGUGACCCUGCUAGAGGUGGCAUAUUUGCUUGAGAAGGAAAUGCAGGAUUCUUCUCCCAUUUUUCAGGUUUAGUCUUGGUUCCAUAUUGAACAUACUGUGCACAUGUGUCCUGGUUCUGCUAUGUAAACUGGAGAUUUAUGUUUUAUGUCCUCACUGGUCCCAAGUUGGGUGUAGUUUGAAUGGGUCUCCCAUUUGUUGAUUUACAAACUUUUGCCUUUAUGGUAUAUGCUUGGUACAGGGGUAAAAAUGUUGUAUGUUUCUGAAUGUAUACAUCCUUAAAGGUCAAAAUUUAAAAAAAAAUAGAAUCCUCGGUCUUACAUUGGUUUGCUAGUAUAUAAAAAAUGAUAUGAACUUAGCGUGAAACACUUUUGAAACAAAAAGAAUGUGAGUGUCGUUUAAGUCUUGCUAUGUAAACCCUGUUUAGGCUGCCAAGAAAAGCUUUGACCAGGAUCUGGAUAUGUUGAUAAAACAACAGAAACAGUUGAUAGAGAAGGCAGAGCAGGCUCAACAGAAUGACAUGAAGAAUGCUGCCAAGAAAAUCAAAGGAGAGCAGGUGCGUUUUAUUGAAUCGAAAGCUACCCUCAUUUAACUUUAAGUAUAAGUCUUGUUACAAUAAGACCGAUUAGCAUCUACAGAACUGAAAUAAAAUUGAGUUAAGAUCGUGUGGAACAAAUUUCUAUUGUUUAAUGACACCAGAGGCUGGGGUGCCAUCAACAAAAUCUCAACAAGGUGGUCACAUGUCUUUUCAGGAGAAGGAGCUGAAGAUAUUUAGAGAGAAACAGAAACAGGAGAUGAAACUACUUAAACAGGAGCUGGAUAUGUUGCCCAGAGACAGUAAGAAGGAAACAGCUCAGAAGAUGAGAGAGGCCAAGCAAAUUGAGAUGGAGGAAAAGGUAAGAGGCGUUCAUUGGAUCCCAUGCAUUUAACAGAAGGGGGCAGAUGGGACAACUGAGGAGGAAGUGGAGGAGACCACAGAGAUAAAGAUUAGAUCCAGACUUUUUUUUUUAGUGUUAUGCUGUUAAUGAACCACUUUGUGGUCUCAAAUACUAACAUCAUUUGGUUAAGAUGCUAAUAGAAAAUGUCUUGGAGUAUAAACAAUUUGUUUUCAAAGUCACACGUUUUUAAUUAUUAUUAUAAUAUAUUUAUAUACCAGACCUGUUUACACUCAAACUCUUAAUAUCAUCACAAAAUCGUUUGAUACAUUAUCUUAAUAGUAAAAAAAUAAACACAGUAUAUUUAAUGUAUACACCACAAAAUCGUACAUUGUAUGCCAAAAUCGUGAUAGUAAACAGGUCUGAUUUAUACAUUUUUGUGUCUUAUGAACUUGAAGCUGUAUAACGGUCCAGCCCUUUUUUUUUACCAUAUAAUAGUGGACACUAUUAAACAUAAUUUUAUUUUAGAAUAGAGGUGAAUUUCAGAAUCAAAAUCAUGUCAUGAAAACUUAGAAAUUGCUGUAGUGGAUGAUGUGUUGUUAAUUCUCUAUAUACCCAAUUACAUCUAGUAUAUCUACUAAUGAUUCCCAUCAAAAUGUCUCAUUUUUCAAGUAAUCUGAAUGAUACCACUGUUCAAUUUUAAAUACAUGAACAUUAAUGUAAAUGAUGUCCUCUUCUUAGGAGAGACUUUUUAUGGAGAACCAGGCUGAAAGAUUAGAAAAGCACAUGAGACAGUUGGCCGACCAGCAUAGACAGAAGAUUGCCCUAUUAGAGAGUCAGUGUCUGCAACAGAAACAACAGUUAUACAGGGGUAAGCUUUAUCCAGACAUUUCAUACUGGUGACAGGUUUUUAUUUGUUACAGAAGUUAUCUGAUGUGAUAUUGAUCUAGUGAUGGGUUAUUUAUUCUUAAUGCUAUGCCCAUGUCCCUGAGCUCCUCUGGUCAAUGCUGAACGAACGGUUGGAUUCUGAAACGAGAUUGGGUCAGUUUUUUAAUGUUCAUUUUUAAUGGGUAACUUUUAAUUUUUAUGUUGGUAAUUUUAUCCACUGUCCAUUCAGGUCGUGAAGCCAGUAACUGGGAGCUGGAAAAGAGUCAGCUUCAUGAAAGACACCAGUUGAUGAAGACACAACUCAAGGACAUGUUCUUUGUCAAACGUCACCAGAUGCUGACAAGACACCAGAAGGUAUGUGAUGAGCUGGUUGGGGUGAAGGUGUCCUAUCUUGGAUCUAAUGGAAUUGAAUGUCAAUGAAAUAAUUAAAACAUUCAUACUCACAAUCAGUGGAAACAUCUUCAUUGCGCCUAAAAUACAACCACAGUCUCUUUCUCUUAUCAAAUUUUACAAUAACUUUUUCAAAGGAAAUGGAAAACUUGAAGCGCUACAAUCAGACAAAGGAAGAUGAGAUGAUGAACAGACAUGCCCUCGAGAGACGAAGGCUGCCCAAGAUUCUCAAGAAUGAAGCCAAGACCAGAGCUCAGAUGUUCAAACAAAGCCUGCGGCUCAGUACCAUUGGCACUCCCGAAGAUGACAAAACAAAAAUCAAACAGGUGAGAAGUCUAUUUAAAUUUGUGGGGCAUUCCCGGUAGCACUGAAAUCUUUUUAUUGAAAGAUUUCAGAUGAAAACUGAGGAAUGUCACUUAAUAUAAAAAAAUAAAAACAAUUAAUUGUAAAAUAGAUUAAGAUUAUGAUAUUAUGAUCAAAUUUCCCAAUAAAGAAUUUAUUAGUCAAACUGACUUAUUAGCAUGGCACAGGCAGUCAUGAGCUACAAGUGAGGGAUAUAGACACUAUUUUGACAUGUAGUAAGCCACCUUAGUGCUGCACAAUUUUUUUUAAAUUUGUAUUAGAGCAUGAAUUCCAGGCAAAUAGUUCAUUAGAUUUUUAAAACUUCUGAACAAAGAAGGAUUUUUGAAGUUAUGAGAUUUAAUUUAUUUUUCAUGUAUAAAUGGCAGGGAAAGUUUUUCAAGGAGAUUAUUUAAGAAACAAAUAAUAUGAAAAACAGGUGUUAAAAAUGAACAGAAGGAUUCACAUAUAAUUUGGUCCCAUAGAAAUCUAUCAGGGUGAGGGUAUUUAAGGGAAUAGCAACAUGAACAUAUUUUGUCCAAAUGCCAUAUGUGAGUGAAUUGGAUUAAAUAAACCCUUGCAACAAAGUCUUUUGUAUAAAUCAUUUAUAUGUAUUUUUUAUUAUUUUAUUUUAUAUUAGUAUUCUAAUGAUCCACCGGCUUUUACACAGCAGAUCAUUUCAGCUUUUCAGAAAAACAAAAGAAGAUCUUACACACCAAAUGCACUUGAGAUAUUUUUUUUAAAGAAUCUCAUUUAGAGCAGUUUUCAGGAAAUUUAUUUUGUGAAAUCAAUUUCAUCAUAUUUCCUUCAUCUUCCAUUUGAAAAACAGGAAAAAUGAUUUUUGGGGGUUUGGGCUGAAAGUUUAAUAUUAUGUAUCAUCAUCGGCAACCAGUCCAUGUGCCAAGUUUCAGCUUGAUAGUUUGACUGGAACUGGGUCAAUUAACCAACCAUCUGAAGAUUUUGCCAGCCAGAAAGGUAUAAACAAAAUCAAAGUUAAUGCUAAUAUAAAGGAUUUAAUAAAUGAAACAAUUUCAGUUUGAGGAGAGUGAAAAGAAACGCAUGAAGUCUGAGCAACAAAGACAAGAAGAGAAACAUAAGAGACAGCUGAAAGCUUUACAAGACAAAAAUGAUGCAGCUGUUAAAGAACUGGAACAGUUACAGGUACGGUGCAGUUAAAACUUUAUGGCAUUUAAAUUACACUCAGUAUUUAUCAUAGUUAAAUGACACCAUCAAAACAUUUAGAUUUAACCUUGGUUAAUAAUCAGUUUUUAACGAUUUAAUGAAUGAACAAAAAAGUUGUAUGUCGAGUAUGAGCGUUCAUUAGUAAUUGUUGCGACUCAAUAUUAUGUUCAUUAGUUGUUGAACGCUUUUCCCGCGCUUGACUAUUAUAGUUAGUGAACGCUCUUCCCGCCAUUGUCUUUAUGACGUAUUUUUGUGCUGAUUCGUGACGUAUUGUCUACGCAGUGUUGUGACGUAUGUUUUAGUCGUGCGGCAGUCUUGAGUGGAACUUUGGAGUGAUAGGGUGUGUGUUAUUUGGGUCUGAUGGCGAGCUGCGAUAUAUUCAAGUGUACGUGUAUUAUAUUUACAUAGAUAUUAAAGUUAUAGUUAUUAUCAAAAGGAGUUGAGUUGGUUCAAUGAUAGUGAGAAUAGUACGACGCUUCAACGUGUGAAAGAACUGACGAAUGUAAUCAAUCCAAGAAGACGUUAGGAGUUGACAUUGUAAUUUUAUGCAAUGGCUGCAUUGCUCUUGAUGGUGCAUCAUUAACUAUAUCUUUUUCACUGAGCACUUUGAGUUUUUUAAAUAUAUUGGAGCUGAUGUCAGCUCUCCUGUUUUUUCUUCUCAUUGUGUGAUUUUUACCAUUUAAAAUUAUGUGUUAAAAUCUGUUCUUUUAAGGCUGAGAAACGCAAAAUGCUGAUGGAGCAAGAAACUCAAAAAAUCAAAGAGCUUGAUGAUCAGUUCACACUAGACAUGAACCAGUGGAAAGCUUUGCUCAUACCCCGUAAACAGGUAAACAACCAUCUUUUAAGACAGAGUUUAAUGCCUUUUAUAAAUUAUACAGCAAUAAAGCAUUUUUAAAAAUUUACCUUAAGUAUAUUUAAAAUUUUUAAAAUUUAAAAUUCAAAAUUUUAAAUACAUUUGUUUAGACACUGGAGGAGCAAUUUCAGAGAGAAAUUGAAGAGCAGCAAUCAUUCUAUGCUGAUGUGGCUGGAGAAGGGAGCAUACCAGCUUUGCCUAACAUUCGUUCCAAUCCCUCAACGAUCCGAAGUAAAGGUAGAGACGGUUCAGGCUAUUCUCGCCACUCCACUGUUAUUUAACAUCACUCAAUCAAAAAUCUUUGAUCAAACACGAUGGACUGGCCGACAGAUGGACUGGCCGACAGUUAAAUGUUCAAUGUCCUCAAACUCUUGCACAAACACCUCACCAUGCAUACAUGUAGGAUAAGAGUACAGCACCUUCUCCCCAAUUACAGGACUGGAGUAUGUACCAAUAUGGACACUCAUUUCUAGUUAUAAUCUUUUUAAUUGUCAGUGCUUUUGCUACAAUAAUGCAGCUGAAACAUUGUCAACCAUGGUUUUUAGUACAUCUUUGAAGAACGCAUGAUGCAAAAAUUGUGUUUUUUCACUUGAUUAUAUGUCAGUGAUUUUUUUAAAGUUUAGCGUACCCAACUUCUAUUAAAUGAGCAGCAUGUUUUCUGUUGUCUUGAAUUCAUAUGGAGUUAACACAACAUUUGAAGGUAAGAUCUACUGAUCGGUGCACAUAAGGAUUACCAAAAAGUUUAUUCAAAGCUCCAAGGAACGUUAGAAAGUAUUUUUUAUUUUAAUGAAUGUGGCCCCAAACCAUAAAUCUGUUUACAGGAAUUUUACAUCUUAAAAUAUUUUGACAUCACAAUUUAUAAAUCAAUUAAAUUUUUUCAGCCAGGGUUGCAUAUAUGUUUUAAAGACAUUUUUUAUAAUCCUUCAACUCAGGCCUGCACAACUCAAAAUGUAAGGCUUAAUGAAAAAUUUGUGUGGGCUGAAAGAAAAAGGGACGGGGGAAAUCUAUUAAGAAAAUAAUAAUAAAACAGAAUAUUUCUUUACUUCUUGGGCCGCAAAGUGGGUGUUGGCUCGCCGUAUGUUGUGCAGGCCUGCUUUACCUCAAAGAAAUUUUCUCAUUUCUAUUUAGACCUUUACAAUUUUUGCAUUUUAUGAGCUGCUUACUCUAAAAGGGCGGUUGAGUAAUUGGUUUAUGAUUUCUAUCAUGUCCAAUUUUACAAGAAGCCUAGGGAAAUAUUUUGAUUCAUUUGUUUCAAUUAAUUCUCAUGUAGAGAUAAGAUUUAAUGCCAUAGGCUGUAAAACUCUUGCAUGAUAAUUGCUUAAAGCAUUUGGUGAAAUAUCGACAUUAGAAAGAGAUUUUUUGUUCUUUUUCUACAGACAACUUUGAUAUAACAACAAAAUAAUCCAAACAUCAUGCAUACAGUUUAUAUGUCACUGUAAAUUGUCAUGUAAUACUGGUGAUGGCAGUCUAGAGUAUUUUUUCAUAAUGACUCAUUCAUUUGCACAUGACUGAUAUAAAUAACUGUAUUGUUAUUUACAUUAAAAAACUUAUGGUGUACAAAGUUACUAUUUAUGCCCACUUAUAAAACCCAUAUUCAUAAUGUAGACUUUAUUCAAAUGGAAGUUGUAAUGUUUUGUUAAAGGCAUAUAUUAUGGUCUCAUACACUCUGGAGUCACUUGAGUUGCAUGAAAGGGUGUAUUUUUUUAAUGUUACUUUUUAAAAUGUUCAUUUGAUAUAUCUGAUUGUAUUGUAAAGUAAAUGUGUGCAUAGGCCAACAUAUACAAAUCAUGCUAUGAUUGGCUUGGUGUUUUUUUAACAGCCUAGUUUUUAAUAAUUCUGUGGUAAUGUGGUUGUCAUAAUUUCAUUUAUAUAAAUAUAUAUAUAUAUAAAUAUAAUAUUUCACAGCAAAAUGCAUUUUCAGAUACAUUUCAUUUUAAAUAGUCUUUCAUUUGAUAACAUUUGUAGACUUAAUUUGUAUUGUCCUAUACAGAACCGUUAGCUGUGUAAGCAUCGUUUUGUUUGUUUCCCUUAAUGGCCACUUUUGGGUUUUCACAAUGUUUUUGUAGGAUUUAUUCAAUUGUUAUUAUAAAACAAAUCAAGCAUUCAUAAAAAGACUUGUUUUUUCUAAAACCUUGCUUCGAAAAGAAUUAAUUUCUAUAACCUUUAGGAAAAGCGGAAACAAAAUUAAUUGAUUUGACAAAGUGUACCAAAAAAAAAAGAUAAUUAUUUGGUAAAUAAAAUGCUGUGAUAAAAUUUUUUUAAAAAUUGGUUUAGAUAAAAAAAAUUAAGUGCACAAGCAUGAUUUAGUAAUUUCUUUAGCAUAUCAUAGUUCUAUAUUGUUUACAUAAUUUGUGAAAGUAAUUGAAAUACUGGCAUAAUGUUUAGUUUUCUAUUUGUACAUAUGCUUGAUAAGACCGCAGGAAUAUUUCCAUCUAGAAAAUGCAUCCAUAUUAACAGCAAACCCAAGCUUUGUAAAUAGCCAAUAUCCUAACAAAUCUGCAUACACUUUCUUUUCUUUCCAUAAUGAUUGAUUUUGUCAUACUUUUUUUAUUAGUUCUUUUAUUUGUAGGCUUUUGGACUUAACUCUUUUGUUCUCAAAUGCUACUUAGAGUUCAUAUACAGUACAUAUUUUUAAUGUACAAUUGUAUUACCAUAUAGUUUUUAGAAAAAUUAGCUUAUAGGAACUGUUGUUUAAGUUUUUGUCUUAUUUUGAUGAUGUUUCAUUAAAGUUUUUUCAUUUUCACUAUCUAAUGCAUUUGAUUGGAAGCACUGUUUGCUUUGCAAGCAUUGUCACAAAAAAUCUCCAGGAAUCAAAGAAAAUAUUGAACAAUUUUUUUUAAAAUUUAUUUGUUUAAUUAUUUUUUUUUGUUGGUUUGUGAGUAGUGAGAAAUCUAUUUCAGAAUACCCAAUAGUAUUUGAGUUUACAGUAAUAUUAAUUGCAAUAAUCUUUAGCAUUUCUCUAAUUUCUAGUGGCUUUUUUCCAGUUCAAUUUUAGAUUUUCUGCUCUUGCCAGAUAGUAUGUGAAUAGAAACAUAGCCAUAGUACAAAGCUUUUUGAUACAGUGUCACCAAUAAAAACUAUAUUGACAUCCACACCUUUAGAACACAUAAAAACCCAAGCAGUGGUGUUACAAACCAUCAAUUAAGUGUACCACUGAGUUAACCAGUUACGUACAAUAGGCAAACUCAAUAUUAUGUUGAAUAUCCAGUUAUAAAAAAAUUAAUUUCAAAAUAACCGAAACUUUAUAUUAGGAUGAAAAAAUAAAAAAGACUUUAAAAAAAAAUAAAACAUUUGAAAUAAGAGAAAUCUAAUAUAGUCCAUGUUAUUAACAAACAGUGAGAGAGACAAUUCAUUCUGUAUUGAAAUAAUCAUGUAACUUGGUUUAAUUUUUUUUAAACAUAUUUUUUAAUUUACUAUCUAUUAAAAAAGUAUUUUCUGUGGUGUAACCUAUGUACAUAAAAGAAUGGAUUUAUAAUAAAUGAUAUUACCAGUGAUGGCAACGGUCAUAAAACAUUCCUAUACUGGCUGGAACUGGUGCACACACAGGGCUGUUUCAUUGUUAAUAUUGAAUUACUGUAGGACUUCACUAACAGGGUAUAGACUAAAAUUUAACUGCUGCACUCUCUAAUAAGUCUGGAAUCGCCCUCAUGUUGUGAUAGUCAUACAAGCUAUAUAAAAGCUUCUUGAGAGGGUAUCACAAAUGAAAAAUGGGAGGUCUCUUCACUUCAAAUAGACAGCGUUGCUUACUUGUUGACAAAAUAUCUUACUUUGAUGCUUCUCUGUUUACCACAAAAAGGCUUGUGAAAAUAGUUUAAAACUAAUCAGCUUAUAGAUAUUAAAAAGGGGAGAUAAGAAAGCAAUACUUCAAACUCAGAUUUUAAAAAAAAUUAAAUAAAUUUUGAAAUCUCUGAUAAAUGAAAACUUGUUAAUAUAUUUAACUUUACUGUGGCUUCCAUGUUUACACGGUUACUUAAUGGAAAUGUCUGGAGUGUAGGAUUCAAUUCUAUUUUAUACAUGUUGCACUCUGUUCGUUCACUUUUAAUUAAUAAUAUUUUAUGACUUGUAUUUAUUUGUUAAAUAUACAUAAAUAUUUUUUCCCAGAACAUUAAUUUUCUGGUUUAGUUUUCAGAAAGGGUUAAAUAAAUUAGUAUUAUUUUUACACUUCGAUGGUCUUAUCAAAAUAUUUCUCUAAAAGUUUUUAAUUAAAAAUGUUUGUUGGAUUCCUAGC